AUGUGCGAAGAUUUGAAUCCAAGGUACUUGUAAGUUUGUUAUAUAGCUGUAAUUAUAAACAUUGUCGUUCAUUUUUUUAGAUAUCCUUUCAAGAAAUGAAGUGGAAUAAAUCUCAUCUACCAUUUCUUCCGACUAUCUUUAAUAUCGAAGACGAUGUAGUUUGCAUAGACAAAAAAUAAUAACUUAAGAGAAGAACUUAUAAACUUUUAGAUCAGUAUUUAUUUUAUAAAAGUAAAAAUGUAUUAUAUUGUGAAUUAAUUGUUAGGAAAAAAUUGUUUGGAUUAAUUAUGAAAAUGCAAUUAUAGAAUUAAUAUCCAAUUCCGAAUUGGGCGUGGGAAUUCGUUUAACGAAAUGCUUCGAUAGAGUUGAAUUCUUUGGCAACGCAAACUAUUGGUAUAAAUUUAUGAAGAGGUUUGCCGUCUAAUAUGAUUUCCUACAUUAUUAUACGCCCAUCUCAAAACUCAACAAAAUUAAGUUUGGAGAGUCAUACAAAGGAAAAAAUAAAGUGGAUGGUGCAGAAUGCAUUAUUAAGAUUUAUUAAAAGUCAUUGAUAAUCGACGAUGAAGAUAGACAAUAAUUCUUCAAAGAAAUAUCAGUGAUUCGUCAAUUGAAAACAGAUUUAACAAUGAAGUUUUAUGAUCUAUUCGAAAAUCAAGAUCAAAUUUAUGUAAUUGUUGAAAAUUUGCCCUCUUACACCUUAUCAGAGUAUGUAUCGAAGAACCCUUUGUUUUCAGAAGAAAAAGCAGCUAAGGCCAUAUUUAGAAUUAUUAAAAUUGUUGCAUAUCUCCAUUCCAAAAAAAUAAUGCAUAGAGACAUUAAACUCGACAAUUUCAUCUUUCGACAACUAGAUAAUUUAGAUAGUCUAUGUUUAACAGAUUUUAAGUUAGCAGAAUUCUAUGAUGACGAAGGACAUUACCAAUUUACACGAUGUGGAACUGUAGGAUACGUAGCCCCUGAAGUUUUAGCAGACAAGAACUACGACCUCAAAGUAGAUGUCUAUAGCGUUGGAAUUCUGCUCUUCAUUUUAUUCGCAGGAAAAGAGCCUUUCGAUGGAAAUUAUCAGGAUAAAGUCAUUCAAAAUUUAAUUGGAGUUAUUGAUUUUCAAGCCAUCAGGGUGAGUAACUUGGCUUUGGAGUUUCUCAAGGGUCUUCUCAAAUUAGAUCCUUAAGAGAGACUGUCAUCUCAUUAAGCCUUAAAUCACAAAUGGUUUUAAAGAGAAAAAUUAAUCGGAGCAUUAAAAUAAUAAAUUAAGUCUACCUUAUAAAAUUUGAAUAAACCGCAUAAAGUCAAAGCAUCCUUAAAAAAAUCGUUUCCAAUUUUACCUACCAAUUCUAUUCCUCAACUGCAGAGUCCUUCUAGUUUUAGAAUUAAAACAUUGCCUAAUCCCUAAUCAUAAGAAAAAGUCCAUCUCCCUGUAAUUUAUAGAAGAACUACUCACUAAAUCCCUUCGAAUUCUAUAUUAUAUGGAAGAAUUAAAUGA